AUGUCCGCUGUAAGCCGACCGAUAAGCCCCACAGUCUUCGCAGAAGCCAUCACAGAGCUCCCAGUCGAAUCCCUCCACGCCGAAGCCGCAAAGCUCCAAAACGACAUCAACAAACUGCUCGAAUCCAACGCAGCCCUGGAAGCGGAAAAGGCCGUGGAGACAGAAGAAGGCAUCAAAUUCCUCGACGAGGUCAUCGUGGAGAACGAGGGUGUGGUAAAGAGCAAGGAAGAGCGAAUCGGGCUGUUGAAAGCUGAGGUGGAGAAGCGGGGGCAGCUGUGGAUUCAUCCUGGGAAGAAAGAUGAGGAAGAUCAGGAUGAGGCGCAAGCUCCGGCUGUGAAUGGGAGUGGCCAUGCUGAGCAUCAGCAGGAGGGUGGGCGAGAUGCUGAGGGUGGGGUGUAUCUUUGA